AUAAGCUUUUUUUUAAACUUGAAACCUCUCAACAAAUUCCAAUGAAUUGAAAGCGGGAGAGCCUGUAUUCAGGAAACUUUCCCUUAAGAUAAACAUUUAUAAAUCAAAAUGUUUAUCUUAACUACAUAAUUUGAAAAAGAGACUUUUUUCAGUGGUAGAAAGUUUGGCAAAAGUCUUGAUACCAAAUAUAUAUGUCUUCACUGACACAUUUGGACAAUCCAAACUUCUAAAACCAGUCUGUGGAUCCGUGUUAGAGACCUUUUGCUUUUCUUCCUAUUUUUUUACAAUCUAGUUGCUUCAUUAUUGUUCAGCAUCCACUAAAUAGUGUGUCUCUAUCUAACCAGAAAUUGGACUUUUUUGUCAAAUGUAUAAUCUCAAUUAUAGAUUAAGAAGGAUUCUUUGAGGGAUUUGGGACCUAUUUCAUUUAUUAAUCACUCUUUAACCCUUUAAAACACGUCCUCACUUUGGGUUGAGCAUCUCCAACCAGGCCUGAAGUGGUUGCAGCAUGGGACUCAGCUGCUUUAAGUCUUGGAAAUAUGACAGUACAGGCCACAAAGGUAACAGAGAUGUGCUGGCCAGCCCAGGCUCCUAUUUCUUCCUAUCUAACAGCGCCGGUCAGGGUGACGAGUGGUUGAAGAGCCUUAACAAGGGAGUCUGGAUCCCUUUCACAGGGGUUUUUGGGCAACGUCUGGAGGAGACGGUGCUGUAUGAGCGUCGGUAUGGGGUGCGCUUGGUUCCUCUGGUGGUGGAGCAGUGUGUGACAUUUAUCCGUGAACGUGGUCUGCAUGAGGUGGGCUUGUUUCGCCAGCCUGGACGCACCAGUCUGGUGAAAGAGCUCCAGGAGGCUUUUGAUUCUGGUGAAAGGCCGUCUUUUGACAGCAGGACAGACGUCCACACUGUGGCAUCACUGCUGAAGCUCUACUUCAGGCAGCUACCAGAACCUCUGGUUCCCUACAGCCACUACCAGGACUUUCUGCUCUGCGGUCAGAAGCUGUUAAGUGACCGUACAGUGGGUCUGGAGGAGUUGAAGAAUCUUCUUCAUGAGUUACCUGUCGCAAACUUCAACCUACUCAACUUUAUCUGCCAGUUUCUGAAUGAGGUUCAGAGCUGCUCCAGCAGUAACAAGAUGAACGUCCAGAACUUGGCGACCGUGUUUGGACCAAACAUCCUUCGAGCCAAAGCUGAAGACCCACAAAGCAUCAUGGGAGCUGCCAAACUGGUCCAGGUGCUCAUGUCAGAGCUGAUCAGAGAACAUGAAUCUCUGUUUGCCAAGUUCCCUCCUGCUGCCUGCUCUCAUCCUUCUGCAACACAUUUGAAGCAACCCCAUCUCCAGCCAUCGCCCUGCCUUCGCCAGCUGUCUUUGCCUCUUAUUGCUGACCACUCCAGUGAAUCAGGACAACCAGGCGCACAUGCAGACCACUCUAGUUGUAUCUUCUCUGCUGCUGGUAAAUCAGACUUGCUCUCUGGUCAGAAGAAACACCUUGGUCACCGCUACACUUCCUCCCAUCCAGAGAACUGCUUCUACCCCUUGCCUUCUUCCAGUGAGUCCAUCAACCACCACCCUGGCAGGCAUGAAGGAGAUUUUUACAAGUACCAUGCUGGGCAGGUUUCAUCUUCUGCAAAUGUUCAAGCCACAAUUACCAACCUCCAGCUACAAGCUGAAGCCUCGAAUCGGGGGGCAAUGGGACGGCAACGCCAAGAAAAGGCGGCCUCUGCCUACUGGAGCUGUAGUGGAGCAGAGGAAGAGGGUGAUAUUCCUGAAGCAGCCAGUGGGGGGAGCAGUCAAGCACAGGAGGACAGUACACCCUCUGUCUACGACAACCUGGACAGAGUCUCUUUGUCUCACACAUUGGAGAAUGUUCCUACUGAGAACUUUGAUUCAGAUUCUCCAGGAACCAAUGUUGGAAUGUGUGAAGCAGAGGUAGAUCAAGCAGAACUGGGGAAGGCAGGAGACUCCUCUUCCUCGUGGUCUUCCUGUGAAGUUCUACCAUUAGAUGAAAGCAAUGAUGACCUAGAGGUUGGCAGUCCUGAUAUCCCACCAAAGAGAUCCAGAAUGUUGCCUCUGAGUCAGAGAACAGAACAGGAAGUCUUUGAUAAAGAUGAUCAUGACAGCAAUGGUGCCAAGCAACAUCCAAGCUCCUGGGCUUCCUGUUCCGUCAUCAGCAUCAGCCCUCUCAGCACAGGGAGCUCAGAGGUCUUCCUCCCCUCUGGGGCUCCAGAUCUCCAGGUUCAAGAGUCUCACAUUGAGCCGAAAGACACUCAUUUUCUGCUGACCAACCUGAGGCAGCAGAUGUCUCAACAGAAGGCAGAGUAUCAAAACAGGAUUGAGAGGUUGGAGCGCUGCAAUGACGUCCUCGAACGGCAAGUUGCCGUUCUGCGACUCAGUCUGGAGCAGCAGAGGCGAAGCCAGAGCGUGGCAGAGAUCAAGAUCAGAAACAUGGAGCGAGCCAAAGCAGACGCAGACCGCAGGAACAGCAGCCUUCAGAGGGAGAUGGAGCUGUUCUACAGGGCAUAUGGAGAAAUCAGGAGAAGAGGAGCAGAUCUGGGAAGAGCUGGUGGAGGAAGCAUCUGAAGACUGAUUGUUUUUCUCAACAGGAGUGAAGAAGGGAAGAAAGAAGCUGCGACUAGCAGCAGACAGAUUAUGUGGUGGUAUAAAAACAGAAACAAGAACAUCAUGUUAGUGGAGGUUCACGUUAUUAAAGGUCAAAUUAAUUCCUAUCUUCCCAGGCAGCACACUGAAGCCGGUGAUGUAAUAUUGAGACUCAGUCAGUCCCACGUGUCUCCACGUGAUAAAGCAGCAGUUUUAUGUUCCACACUCUAUACAGUCAAAGCUGUAUAGAGUGUAUAGACUGUAUAACCUUUAUUUCCUCCAAAAAGCCCAGACUUGAUGAUGUACAGAAGAUUUAAUGUGUCGGUGUGACCCGUUUCGUUAAAACAGUUCACAUAUUGGCAUUAAAGGUCAUUUUGCUAUCUACAAACCGUGGUGGAAAUUAGAUACAAUUCAUAAAUUAUAAUGUGUAAAACUAAAAUUAUUCCAACACUUUAUUAAUUUUGUUUUCAGGACAUCUUUAAGAAUUAUGAGUAAAAUAUUUUUAGUUCUAUCUUUACUAAUUUAAGGGCAUAUUUACAAACCUAUAAGGUUCCAUCUCUACAGCCUACAUGGUGACUUAUUGAACAAAAAGCAGUGAAUAAUACACAACUACUCAACUUUAAAUAGGUGGGAGUCCACUGUACAUUGAUUCAUUACUCAGAUUCUUCAAAGGUUACUUUUGAUGAUUGUGACCAAUGAAAACCCACAUUGAGAUGGUUAGUUUUUUAUACUACAUUAAAUAAAUAAAAACUUGAUAAAGUGACAUAAAUGCUGACAUUUUGAUUUCUUGAGACGUGAAAGAACCUGCACAUUUCAAAUCAAAUCUCAAUAUUUAUGUCGGCACUUUAUCAUUUGAAACCUUGAACUACUGUUCUCUGCAUGAAGAAACCUUUCUAAUAAAACUUAUUUUAAUCCACUUUCUUUUAUCAAUUAUUGCCAGUUGACAUGAAUUAAAUGAAAACUGAAGUCAGGUCUCUUCACAGGAGGAUGAAAUCUGUUGUGCUCAACAUGGAAAUGAUCUUUGUCAUG